GUCUUAGCCAUCCAUUAGCCAAUUUCUCUGUUCAUUUCCUUUUCUGUUUAAAACAUGUUCAAUCCAAUGAUGUGGCAAGGUUUCAGUCAGAAGGGGCAACCGAACAAUUUAAGAAUCCAAAGUAAAACAAGUGAAGUUGGUUUUGAAGUUGAUUUACAAUCCAUCUGAACUUUUAACUAUUUCUUUCUUCCACACUGUCAUUUCUCUGUCUUAAACAACUUUCAAGAUUUUAUGAGGUGGGGUAUCUGGAUGGUUUUUCCACCAUUAAUAAAGUCGUGGAAAUGCUAUCAUAAAUAAAAUUUUUUAAGGUUAGGGAAGUCUGUCUUCCCUCCCUGACGAAAUUUUGGCAUCAUAUUUGUGACGUGUUCUAACUUGCCUCUCACAGGUAGAUGCUGAACACGAGUUUCUGGAAAAAUAGUCGUUUUUAAACAAUUCAAUUCAAAUAGAACAAGCAGGUACCGACAUUUUUUUGAAUUUUUUUUUCUUAUGUUGUUAAUUCGGUAGAACUGCAUAAGAUACUUUUGAUCACAAUACCAUACUCCAGAGUCCACCAUCACAAUGAGAAGGGGAAGAACUCCUGUGGCCCUUUUCUUCUUCUUCCUCCUCCUCUUUCUCCUCCAUUGGUGCCCAACUGUCCAAGCUCAAACCAAUUUCAUUGCCCAAACCAAUUUCUCUUUCAUACAUCUCUCUGGAAACGCAACAGUGAUCCCCGAUGUGGGUAUCCGCCUCACCGAUCGAGCAGAACAUGUUAAGGGUAGAGCUGUAUAUUCACAACCUCUGAGUAUCAAAGAUGAAACAUUCUCAUUCAGCACUACCUUCGUAUUCUGCAUACUUCCCCCAUCAGACAUUUCAUUGGCCGGAGAUGGAUUGGCCUUUAUCAUUGCGCCUCACCCAUCUCAAAACACAGCUUUAGAUGGUCUCUACCUCGGUCUCUUCGACAAUUUUACAAGCAUGGGACACUCUUACAAUCAUCUCUUUGCAGUUGAGUUCGACAUCGUACAGAACGAUGAAUUCAAUGAUAUUAACAGCAACCAUGUCGGUGUGGAUCUCAACUCUCUCAUCUCUCAAAAAUCUCAGUCUGCAGGUUACUGGAUUGGCAACCAGUUUUUAGACAUCGAUCUUAAGAGUGGGCAGAAUAUACAGGCCUGGAUUGACUAUGAUCAUGUUUCAAAGGAACUCAAUGUAACGGUAGCCCCUGCUGGUUCCCUUCGCCCUGAAAUUCCCCUGAUAUCUAUGAAAAACCUAAGUCUGUCUGACAUUCUUGAAGAAGAAAUGUAUGUGGGUUUCUCAGCAGCAACAGGAUUAACAAUUGAAGGCAAUUACAUCCUGGCCUGGAGCUUCUCUACAAAUGGAACGGCACCUGCGUUGAAUAUAUCCAUGCUUCCGUCCCUUUUACAGGGGAAAUCCAAAUCCCACAAAUUGCCACUAAUAGCCGGAGUUACCACAGGUUUGGUUGUUCUCCUAGUUCUAGCAGUUGCAGCAAUAUGGUUUAAAAGAAAGAAAAGUAGAGACCCUGUUGAAGAAUGGGAGGUGGAGUAUUGGCCUCAUAGAUUUAGUUACAGAGACUUAGCUACUGCAACCAAGGGUUUCAGAGAAGAGCAAGUCAUAGGAUGUGGAGGCUUCGGCAAGGUUUACAAAGGAGUCCUCCGUAGCAACGGCCUCGAAGUUGCUGUAAAAUGUCUCCUCCGAGAGAGCAGCGAAGGAGUGAAGGAAUUCAUAGCAGAGAUUUCAAGUCUGGGGCGUUUACAGCACCGGAAUCUUGUGCAGAUCAGAGGCUACUGCAGGCGAGGCAAACAGUUAUUCAUAGUCUAUGACUACAUGCCCAACGGAAGCCUGGAGAAAUUGAUGUUUGGUAUUCCUGGUGGAGUCCUGCGAUGGGCUCAGAGGUAUAGAAUUCUGUUGGAUGUAGCUGCUGGACUGCUGUAUCUUCACCAGGGAUGGGAACAGAGAAUAGUGCACAGGGACAUCAAGUCUAGCAAUGUUUUGUUGGAUUUGGAGCUUCGUGGGAAAUUGGGAGAUUUCGGACUUGCUCGUUUGUACAGGCAUGAUGACAACUAUUUGAGCACUUGUGUGAUGGGAACACCAGGAUACAUCGCACCAGAAGUAGGACACAGGGGAAGGGCCACUCCCGAAUCGGAUGUGUUCAGUUUUGGGGUUUUGAUGUUGGAGGUUGCAUGCGGAAGGCGUCCCCUCAAUCCCUUUCCCGAUUCCCCUCAAAUUGGUUUGUUGGACUGGGUGCGAGAGCUGCAGACCAACAACAAGGUCAUGGAUGCAGCGGAUCCAAAGCUUAAUGGCGAAUACCAGGAGCAUGAAAUGGAGAGGGUGCUUAAAUUGGGACUGCAAUGUUGCAAUCCUAAACCGGAAGGCAGACCUGGUAUGAGGCAAGUGCUGCAAAUUCUUGAAGGGGAAGCAUCCUUCAUUUCACUUUCACUUGAGAAAGGGAGGCCAAGCACAACAAUACAGAGCUCAUACAAUUGCAGUACAGAUGCCUACUAUUCCUCUUCCUUAGAGGGACAAUGGAAGAAUAGAAGCGUUCAAGGCCGGUGCAGUUCCAUUUGUAGUGAAGCUCCAGGCAAGGAUGUAAUGUUCUUGAACGAAUUUGCCAGUAGCUGCAACGAACCCAACAUACAUUUCUUCCUUGAGAAUACCGGGCAGACUCAAAUUUUUCUGAGAUAUGAGAGGCGUUUCCGGGCGAAGGGAACCAGCUACUGCAAUGGUAACAUUGAGCUGCUCUUGGAGAUGAUCAUAGUCAAUCCAAGCUUGAAUAUUCUGUCUCCCGUUGAGAUCCAAUUGGAGGGACUGGUUGCCAGCCCAGUAACCUGCAGAUUUCGAUUCUACAGAAAUGAGAGAGUUGAGAUCUACUCCUACGUGAUUAUCAUUGAUGUCAUCGAAUUCUACAUUCUUAAAUGUGUCGAAUUCGACGGCAAACAGAUGAUUGUAGGGCUGUCCCAUACUUGUGAAAUUGAACAAACCAAGGCUUUAGAAUCAAUGGCUGCCAUAUCUGUACUCCUUGUAUUUUACCUGCUCAUCCGCCCAUGGUUGCCUGCCCAAGCCCAAACAACUUUCGUCUUUCCCAGACUGAGUGGCUUGACCACUACAAAUUUGUCGAACCUGUAUUUUCAUGGGAGCGUUGUAAUGGAACCCGAUCUUAUAGGCAUCCGCCUCACCAAUCAAUCAGAAUACCUUACUGGUAGUGUCUUGUACUCAGAACCUGUGCGUAUGAAAGAAAAUGGCUCCAAGAAUGCAACUUUUUCAUUCAGCACCACUUUCGUAUUCACCAUGGCUCCUCCUCCAGAUGUUUCACAAUGCGCGGAAGGACUUUGGUUUAUCAUAACGCCAAACAAAACACAUGAGGGAGGCCUACCAGGUUCAUACCUUGGUUUGUUCAAUUUUACAAGCAUGGGACAGUCCUACAAUCAUCUCUUUGCCGUCGAAUUCGACACAUUCAGGAACCCAGAGCUCGACGACAUCGACGACAAUCAUGUAGGAGUAGAUCUCAACUCUCUCAUUUCUGUAGAAUCUAAAUCUGCAGGUUUCUGGGAUGGCAACCAGUCCGUACAAUUAGAUCUGAAGGGGAGACAGAACAUUCAAGCUUGGAUUGACUAUGAUCAUCUCCAAGAGCAGCUCAAUGUUACCAUAGCACUGGCUGGUUCCCUUCGCCCGGAAACGCCUCUCAUAUCUCAGACGAAUUUGAGUCUGCCCAGCAUUCUCGACGAAGAAAUGUAUGUUGGUUUCGUUGCAGCGACAGGAAGAUUUGUUCAAGAGCAUUACAUCCUCGCAUGGAGCUUCACCACAAACGGAACAGCACCUGCCUUGAACGCAUCUAUUCUUCCAUUCUUAAAAGACCCAGAAUCAGAUUCCAGUAACAUAAAAUCUCGACUUGCUGUCGGCAUACCAACAGCUUUCGUUGUUUUCGUAGUAGUCGUGGUUGCAAUUGUUUGGAUUAGAAGAAUGAAUAACAAAGACGUCGUUGAAGAGUGGGAGAUGGAGUAUUGGCCUCACCGAAUCAGCUACAAGGACUUGAGUAUUGCAACCAAAGGGUUCUCAGAGAAGGAAGUCUUGGGAUUUGGAGGUUUUGGCAAGGUUUACAGAGGAAUCCUUCCUACUAAUGGCCUCCAAGUUGCUGUGAAAUCUAUCUUUCGAGAGAGCAGUGAAGGAGUGAAGGAAUUCAUAGCAGAGAUUUCAAGUCUCGGUCGUCUUCAGCACCGGAAUCUAGUGCAAAUCAGAGGUUACUGCAGGCGGGGACAAAAGUUCUUCAUAGUGUAUGACUUCAUGGAAAAUGGAAGCCUGGAUAAGAUGAUAUUUAGGGAUCCUUGUCAGGUUCUAGGAUGGGCUCAAAGAUACGCGAUUCUAAAGGAUGUGGGUGCAGGAUUGCUGUAUCUUCACGAAGAAUGGGAGCAGAGAGUGGUGCACAGAGACAUCAAAUCUUCCAAUGUUUUGUUGGAUUCAGAGUUUCAUGCAAAGCUGGGGGAUUUUGGGCUUGCUCGUCUGUAUGGGCAUGAUGAGAACUCCCAAACAACUCGUGUGGCUGGAACGCCUGGUUACAUCGCUCCAGAAUUGGUAUCCACAGGAAAGGCCAGUACCAGCACGGAUGUAUUCAGUUUUGGCGUUUUGAUGUUGGAGGUUGCGUGUGGAAGACGCCCUGUAGACUCCUUUUUCGAUGCUUCUCAAGAAAUUUUGUUGGAUUGGGUGAGGGAGCUGUACACCAACAGAAAGCUCAUGGAUGCGGCUGAUCCAAAGCUUUGUGGUAAUUUUGUUGAAGAUGAGAUGGAGACUGUGCUGAAAUUGGGACUUCUCUGUUGUAAUCCUGAAGUAGAAGGAAGACCUGGUAUGAGACAAGUGGUUCAAAUACUUGAAGGUGAAGUGUCCAUUUCAGCCUCUGCUUUUCCUCCUGCAUUUGAGAUGAGUGAUUCAGGUCCUAUUGAUGAGUUCUCAUUUUCUGAGUCCCUGGUUAUGUCGAUGCAUAUGCCGUGACAGGAAGUUUGUUGUACAGGGAGUUGAUUCAUUAAUUGAGGCUAUUUUGUUUUGCGUUAGAAA